GAGAUGUACGCUUGGUUUGUGAUUGUCAGUGAGGGGAGGCUCUGGCUGGGGUCUGUUCCACAACGCUGGACUGAUCCUAAUGCUUUUACUUGUAUCCCAUCCCCUCAAACCAAACCCUUCGCCCCUACACUGUCCACUUAACUUUGUCCCUUCUGCCCCUCCAUCACCUUUGUCUAUCACUUUUCUCUAUUGCCACUUCCCCGUGUUGCACCCCCCGCCCCAGACCCACUCCCUCUCAUAUGCUUUGUUUCUCAACCACACUAAUAUUCUUCCCUCUCUACACUCCUUCCAUCCACCCCUCUUUCAAUCUGCUGCACUCCCUCUCUCAGCACCUCUUCCCCCUCCCAGAUUUUCAAACUGCUUCCGUCCCUCUCCCGUCUCUCUCUUGCACGCUCGCUCUCUCUCUCUCUCUCUGACUUGCUGUUCACCCCACCCCUGUCCAUCUGUCUGACCCCUCCCACCCAGCUCCACUUCCUGUGCUCUCGGAAGUCAGUGACACUCUGACCACACAUCACUGGCUAAGCUCUCCAGUUUGUUCACUUCCUCCCUGUGCACAGAAGUAACAAGCCCAGCAGGCAGGACGCACGGACCCUUACAGUGCACUUGCGCUCAGCCUCCCACCCGCUGCGCCAUGAAGGCUAUUCUUGUCCUCAUCUUCCUCUUCCACUCCUCCAGAGCUGCUGGACUGCGUGAGCCUGAGAUUUGUUAUGUGCUCGAUGCGAUACUCUUUGUCUACGGGACGGUGUUAACGGCUCUGUACUGCCGUCUGAAGAUCUUGGAUCGGAGGAAGGAGAAAGCAGCGGCCGGGCAGUCGGAGUACGAGCACCUGCGCCAUGGAGCCACUGAUGUCUAUGAGGAGCUGAAAGGAGAGAAAUCAGCCGGUCCCGGUGGGAAAAAGAAAGAAGAGGGUGUUUACACGGGCCUGGGCGAACACCGCAUUGAUACCUACGAAUCUCUGCAGAUGAAAGCUCCCAGGAAGAUGUAGUGAUGAUGCUGAUCUCCUGGGUUCGGGGGCAGGGGUGGGGGUGGGGGGGUGGG